UUCGCUAUUUCGGCUCACGCAAUUGAUGGUCUUUGUUGCUAAUUUCGAGAUUUUUACAACCAAAGCCUAAUUGAGGUUUGUGGUAUGAUUUGAAAAUUUUUUAGAAUGGCGGAGAUCUGCUGCGGAAUGGUGAGUGAGAGCGAGGCAUCGACGCCGUGUGAACAGAGCUCACGAGCGGCUAGACGGAGAAGAAUGGAGAUCAGACGGUUUAAAUUCGUCUCCGGCGGCGUGUCUUCGCCGGAGAAGGAGAACGAGCACAAGCGUCAGAAGAUAGAGGCAUAUUCUCGGGACUGCGAGAACGCUGUGGAGAACACGGAUUCGGAUGAGGAAAAGCAAGUGCUUGUGGCGGAAAGAGGAAGAUCCGAGAGCAAAGACGUAUCAAUUUCGAAUCAGUCUUUGAAUCUGUCAAUUUCGACGGGGAGUCUCUCUCCUUCGACCCCUGUGGUUCCAGAGGCUUCCAGGGAGUACCCGAAGUACGGCGUUGCAUCGGUGUGUGGAAGGCGGAGAGACAUGGAGGACGCGGUGGCAAUCCACCCUUCGUUUUGUCGCCGAGAUCGGGAAACCACCACUGAAUUGCAUUACUUUGGAGUCUACGACGGCCACGGCUGCUCUCAUGUGGCGACGAAGUGUAAAGAGCGGUUGCACGAGCUGGUGAAGGAAGAGUUGGAGAGCAAGGAAGAAUGGAAGACCGCGAUGGAGCGAAGCUUCUGGCGCAUGGACAAGGAAGCGAUUGCAUGGAACGAGAACGUUUUGGGAGCCAAGUGCAGGUGCGAGCUCCAGUCGCCCGAGUGCGAUGCGGUUGGGUCCACUGCGGUCGUUUCCAUCGUAACGUCCGACAAGAUCAUCGUCGCCAACUGCGGCGACUCCAGAGCUGUGCUUUGCCGGAACGGCAAGCCUGUUCCUCUGUCGUCCGAUCACAAGCCGGAUCGUCCAGACGAGCUGAUCCGGAUCCAGGCCGCCGGUGGUCGGGUUAUAUACUGGGACGGCCCACGGGUUCUCGGAGUUCUCGCCAUGUCAAGAGCCAUUGGUGAUAACUAUCUCAAACCCUACGUGAGCUGCGAGCCGGAGGUGUCGGUAACGGAUCGGACGGCGGAGGACGACUGUCUGAUCCUGGCGAGUGACGGGCUGUGGGACGUUGUGUCCAAUGAAACGGCUUGUGGGGUGGCGCGUAUGUGUCUUCGAGGGAAGGCCCACGCGCCCCCGCGUUCGCCGAUGGAGGAUGAAGCGGCUGCGUCGGAGACAUCCGACAAGGCCUGCUCGGACGCGUCGAUGUUGCUGACGAAGCUGGCGUUGGCUAGGCACAGUACUGAUAACGUUAGCGUGGUCGUGGUGGACCUCAGAAGGGACACGUAACCACACGCCAUGGAUUAUUGUGGGUAUUUUUUUUUAAAUGUAUAUUUUUUAGUUUUUUUUUUUAAGGGGAGUGGUGAGGAUUGAGGAAGAGACGAGAGUGGGGGAGUGUUUGGUUGGGAGGGAGUUGAAAUAGUGGAAAAGGAGUGAGGAAUGGUGGAAUGGACUUGGAAAAUCGAUACCAAUAUUGGUUUUUUUAUCAAAUGCAUUUCGUAUGAGAUCUUUCAAUUAAAAA